UAGCAAUCCAAUUGAAACUAAAAGUCUUGCUUUCAAUUGCAAUUUCAAAUCCACUAGAUUCUGAAUUAUAUUCAGUCGAUCUUACCAUAUUCUUGAAUCUCAUUCUCAGGAGGAUGGUCAACCGUGAUUUUACCUAGAGAUCCUUCCAUGAAAGCAAAUCUCUGAGCCUUUGGACCUAUAAUUGAACUCGUGACCCUUUGAACCCGUGACCAUCACCUGCUUAAUUUGGCCCUUAAUUUGAGUAGUUGCAAGUUGUCCUCUGAAGGACAUCUUCAUCCAUUAUAUUAUUACGAGAUUAAGUUGAUGAUUUUUGGGAUCAUGGUUGGAUGAGGGAGAUUAUUUGGUGAGAUUAUUUGAUAAAAUAAUUUGAGAUCAGAAUAUAAAUUCUGAUUAUCUCAAGAUUAUUGUGAAAUUAGUAUUAAUUGGUGAGUACGGGAUCCAAAAAAGAUAUGAUUAUUUUGAAAUGCGAAAUGAUGUGAUUUAGAAGAUACUACCUUUGCCCCACUAAGUUUAGAACAAUUCGGUUUACGAUGUUAGACCGGCGAUAAAACAAACACAUCCUUGUUCGCACUCAAAUUAUUUUAGAAAAACAAAUUACAUAUUCGGAAACUGCAUUAAAAGUUUUACAAAGUCGCAAAAACCAGAAUCAAAUAUGAUAAAAAUUUGAUUUAUAAAGUAAAAGAUUUGUGUUGACCAAGUGAAUAGUGUCUGAGACAAUCUUAGUUGGGCGGAGGGAGUAUAAGAUUAUAUUGAAAAAAGUAGGUGUCAUAAAUAUAUGUUUAUUUAAGUGCAUGAACAUGAAUAUGCUAAUGGUGCUACAAGAACUAGACUCUCGUGAAUUCCCCUUCUCCUGCCCAGCCCGUGCUUCCCUCUUCUGCCCGUGUGUCGCCCCCAAUUGUGCCUCAAAGGCACGUCGAAGUGAUAUCCAGUUCUCUGCUAUUUCUAGCUCACCCCCAUUUAAAUCCGGGUCUCAGAUAUCUCCCAUAGCCUUUAGUCUGGCGAUGUGAAUCAGUUAAAACAGAACCCACAUUCCUAGUCAAAACAGCACACGGUUCUUGUCAGUGACUUGAACGACCGUCCUUAGCACUUACGUUCAAAUUUGCCCUUGAUCAUGACACUAUACUGCUAUAAACGAGAGUUGUAGGUAUGUGUGUAUAAUUUUAGGGUAAUUCCCCUUGCUCCUCAUUAAUCAAUAUGUGAGGUAUAUAUACUAGUGUCUAUGAAGACCAAAAUGAAGAUUUAGUACCCUUGAUGUCGGGGUAUAAAUAUGUCAAAUGAAACGUUGAAUUCCUUAAACCACCAAUGAUGUUGUAAGUGGCUAAACUGCUAAAACAUCUCACUUUGUCUAUGGGUGAGCAUAAUCAUAGACACUCUUGGCCCACGAGAGUUUAAAAUGUGUACGGCAAGCUCCUGGCCCGCAUGAGUUAAAACUGUGUAUGACACCCCACCCACUUAGAUUACCAAUUCAAAUGGUACUUAUGAACUACGUUUGACUUGAUCUCCUUCACAGGAGUACGUAGGCAGCUCAAAAGUUUCAUUUUUGAGUUCAGUUAUAACAAAAUAAAUCCCAAUAAAGUCACUUUGUCAAAAAAAAAAAUAUCAGAAGAGGGCUUACGAAAGCAAAAAGUCAGAUGAAUGGCAAAGGCUUGGGAAUUCUUUGAUCUCCUCCUCAUCGGAAGUUGAUUGAGUUGAGCUUCAAAAGACGUCUAUACAAUGAUGCCACUAUCCCAAUAACGGAGCAGGUGGCGUCGACAACAGUGGCAACAGUAGUGUCUCUUGAACUUUGAACGACGCCACCAUCCCAACAACGGAGCAAGUGACGCCGACAGCAAAAGCAAUGAUUUCUUGAACGACAACAUCAAUGGCGUCUUUGGAGGCUUGAUCAGUGCCAAUAUGUAUUUUGGUGCCAUGCCUGACAUCUUUAAGAUACACCAUUUUGCACUACAACAAGCAAAAAAAAGGUCAUUAUUAUCAUCAUAUAUAAUGAGAAUAAUUAUAAUGAUAAAAUUGUCAAAAAGGAGACAUGAAUUAUUCGUUAGUGCCGAGAAUUUGGAAGAGCUUAAAUAUCUUAAAACAAUCUCAAUUAAUGAGGCCAGGAAUGGGAACGUUCGAGAUUUAUGAUAAGGUCCAAAAAGUAUUGCUGUUGCCAAUAACUUAACACACAGCUUCUUUUUGUAAGGAACCCGCGACCCGGUAAAUUAAACUUCGAAAGAAGACUAGCAACAACAUCAAAGAAAGGCUUUUCUAUUGAACAAAAAUCAAUGUCUAAUUCGGCCAAUCGUCUUCCCCGUCUCGACUUCGGCCUUUGACAAUAGUGAUGACGGCUUCUUCUCCGACUAGCAACCAACUUCAAGUCCCAGUAACGAAUCAGCAGCGACGAUAGCUCUCCGACGAACUGCAUAAGUCAUACACCAAGCUCCGGCAUCAAUUUCCGACUGCAACAGCACAUGCGCCAUCAUCUCGGCGGCAGCAACAAAAAUCAGCAUCUGGAUCCAAAUUCUUGGCGUCAACACCAACUAGCUUCCGCGGCAUCCGACCCCAACAAUCUGCCAAACACCAACUAGCUCUUCGUGUACAGCGGCAGGUUCUAUCAGCGUCAACACCGACUAGCUUCCGCGGCAUCCGACACCAGCAAUCUGCCAAACACCAACUAGCACUCGUGUACGGCGGCAGGUUCCCUCAAAGACGACACCAGCAAUCUGCCAAACACCAACUAGCUCCUGGGUACAACGGCAGGUUCCAUCAAUAACGACACCAACUAGCUUCCGUCACCAACUAGCUUCCAACACGAGCAAUCCAGCAAGAGGCAUCGGCAUUUUUUUCAACACCAACUAGCUUCCGUCACCAACUAGCUUCCAACACAAGCAGUCCGGCAAGAGGCAUCGGCAUCUUCUCCAACACCAACUAGCUUUCAAGCUCCGAUCUGCAUCAGCGGCAAGAACAAGAGCAGACCGCUACAGCUCUGAAAGAAUGUGGCUGCAGCACUCCUUCCUGAAAUCAACCUGGAACCGAGCGUAACAACAAAAACAGGGCUAGCUCAUAAAAUAUUUGUGAAACAAAUUUUAAGUAUUUACUUAAAAUUGAUCGCAAAUAAUAAAAUAUGAGAAUAUUGGGUACAAUCUCUAAAUAUGAAUCCUCUGAUUCUUCACUUGCAAUUUGAUAUGAAUAUAAUUAAAGAAUUUAAUUUAAAAUUAAAUCUCUAAUUCUUCAAAACUCGAACGUUCUUCGAUUCUUCGAAUCUUCGUUCUUGAGAUCUUCGAAUCUUCGAACUUCAUUCUUCAGAUCUUCAAAUCUUCUUGAAUGCAAAAUUCAAUAUUGAAGGGCCUCCGGUUUCAAGUAGCUUGAUCUUCAACAAAAGGGCCGUUAUGUGGCUUGAUCUUCUGUUAAAGGGCUUCCCGGGAUAUAUGGCUUGAUCUUCAAUUGAAUAUUGAUUCAAUCUUCAUAUGAAUAUCUUCAAAUCUUCAAAGAUUCGUUCUUCAUAUCUUCGAAUCUUCAAAGCUUCGUUCUUCAGAUCUUCGAAUCUUCAAGCUUCGUUCUUUAGAUCUUCGAACGUUCUUCAACUUUUGGCUUUGUUUGAUCAAGAAUCGAUGAAAUCACAAAGGAUUAUUCAUAUAUUCUUGACAAAAACGUGGCUUGAUCUCUUCCUCUUCUUCGGAAUCCUUCAGAGCCUUUCGGGAGUUCUUCAGAGCUUUGCUGCAGCGUUUCUUCGUCUGGAAGUUCUCCUCCCCAUUCCUCUCAACUGAGACCCCUAUUUAUAGGUGUGGAGGGGAUGAAAUAUGCUUUAGGGUUCCCAAAAUUCGUCCAUAUCAUUUGGGCUCCAAUAAAAAUGGGCUUUGGGUUCUAUU